AUGACGAGUGAGUUAGAUAUAAAAGAGGGAAAUCAGAGCUUUGUUACUCGAGGAGGGUUUGGGUUCAUAUACCGAGGUGCUCUCAAGGAUGGUCGAUUUGUUGCAAUUAAAUGUAUCGAGCCCACCAAAGAUCUUGAAAUUGAAGAGUAUGGAAAAGGUCCAAAGCAUAUAGCUCGAGAAAUACACACAUGGUCACAAUGUGUGCACCAAAGUGUACUGCCAAUACUUGGGUUUGCCUUCUUCCAAGAAAAAUUCGCUCUUAUCACUCCUUGGAUGAGAGCUGGUUCGCUGAAGCAGCAGAUUUCGUGUGGUUCUUUGCCAUCGCCUCUUCAGACUUGCAUCCAGUUGGCUGAUGCUGUUGAGUACCUUCAUGCAAACGGGAUUGUACACGGAGAUAUCAAGCCGGAUAAUGUCUUGAUGACGGACGAUGGGCGAGUACAGCUUGCUGACUUUGGGAGCGCCAUUUCAGCUCUUACCACGACCCUUGACUUCACUCGAACAAAAUCCCCCAAUUUUACCAUGCGCUUUGCGGCACCGGAGAUCCUGAAUCAGAAGGAAGGAAACUAUACGUUUACAGAAGCUAGCGAUAUAUAUGCUCUAGGAAUGACUAUACUUAAUAUCAUGUCAGGAAAGCCACCGUUCGCUGACAAGCGAGAUCCUUUUGUGAUUAUUGAAGUAAUGGUUAUGAAAAGGCAGCCACCCCAACCAGAUUUCAGUAGGACUCUUCGAAAUAGUAUUGCCCAAACUGAAAUGUGGGAUCUGCUUAAACGAUGUUUGGCUUAUGCGCCUGGAGAUCGACCGAAGGCCAAUCAAGUGAAAGGAGCUUUAAUCAAACUUGAAAACUCAACAAGCUAG